CGCUAAAGAUGAGCCAGCCUGCUCAUUCUUUCCUGCUCGUGCCGCUUGUCAGCUUUCAUUUAUGGCCUGCGACUGCCUGCGUCCUACAGUGGAGGUUCAGAGGGUCAAUGAAAGAGGCAGGUGGAGGCGUGGUCAUGUGACUUCCAUUAUGACAAGUGUGUGAGCUGAGUAGACGCAAGCAGAAAGGCAGAGGAGACGUUUAGAAAACAUCCACUCUACAAUCAUAUUUAGAAUUGAAAAAUCAACUAAAGCCAUAAGAGGCUUGGUGGUGUAAAAUGGCUCGCAUCCGACGCUACUCGGAGGCCAUGACGCUGCCCGACUCUUUCAUCCAGCACCAGCAGCUGGACGCCAGCAUGGCCGACACCUUCCUGGAGCACCUGUGUCUUCUGGACAUCGACCAGGAGCCCAUCACGGCGCGCAACACCAGCAUCGUGUGCACCAUCGGUCCUGCUUCCCGAUCCAUUCCCAAACUCCAGGAGAUGGUGAAAGCCGGGAUGAACAUCGCACGGUUGAAUUUCUCUCAUGGUUCACACGAGUACCACGGGGAAACCAUCAAGAACAUCCGCGAGGCCGUGGAGACGAUCACGUCUGACCCAUUGUACUAUCGUCCCGUGGCCAUCGCUUUGGAUACCAAAGGACCAGAGAUCCGCACUGGAUUAGUGAACGGGAAAGUGGAGGAGGAGGUGAAGCUGGAAAAGGGCAGCCAUGUCCGUGUGGUGACGGCUCAGAGUGACAAAGACGCCACAGAUGGGAAGACCAUCUGGGUGGACUAUCCCAGCCUACCGCAGGUCCUGAAGAGGGGUGGCAAAAUCUACAUCGAUGACGGCCUCAUUGGACUUAAAGUUCUGGAAACGGGUCCAGACUGGGUGGACACGGUGGUGGAGGCCAACGGCGUGCUGUGCAGCCGCAAAGGCGUCAACCUGCCCGACUGCGACCUGAUCGGCAUGAAGGCGGUCAGCGAGCAGGACGAGGCCGACUUGAAGUUCGGCGUGGCGCAGGGCGUGGACAUAGUGUUCGCCAGCUUCAUCCGUUCGGCGCAGGAUGUCCGGGAUGUGAGGCGAGCCUUGGGGCUGCACGGGAGGGACAUCAAGGUGAUCAGCAAGGUGGAGAGUCGCCAAGGAGUCCAGAACAUUGAGGAGAUCUUGGCGGAAAGCGACGGCGUCAUGGUCGCCAGGGGCGACCUGGGCAUCGAGAUCCCCGCCGAGAAAGUCUUCAUCGCCCAGAAGAUGAUGAUUGGCCGCUGCAACUCGGCUGGCAAGCCUGUCAUCUGUGCCACGCAGAUGCUGGAGAGCAUGGUGUCCCACCCGCGGCCCACCCGAGCAGAGAGCAGUGACGUUGCCAACGCCGUGCUGGACGGAGCCGACUGCGUUAUGUUAUCUGGCGAGACCGCCAAGGGCCUGUUUCCCGUGAAGGCAGUCGCCAUGAUGCACUCGAUCUGCAGAGAGGCAGAGGCGGCCAUUUUCCACCAGCAGCUAUUUGAGGAGUUGCGCCGCCUGACUCCUCUGUCCUCCGACCCCACAGAGGUCACGGCCAUUGGGGCCGUGGAGUCCUCCUUUAAGUGCUGCGCCGGUGCCAUCAUAGUCCUCACCACUAGCGGCAGGUCGGCACACCUCCUGUCCAGGUACCGACCCCGUUGUCCAAUCAUUGCAGUCACCAGGAGCCCACAGGUGGCACGCCAGUCACAGCUGCUCCGAGGAGUCUUCCCUGUCAUCUUCCACCCUCUGCCUGCGCCCGUCUGGGCGGACGAUGUCGACAACCGGGUGAACUUUGGCAUGGACAUAGGGAAGGCGAGAGGAUUCUUCAAAGAGGGCGACAUGGUAAUUGUGGUGACCGGCUGGAUCCCGGGCUCCGGUCACACCAACAUCAUGAGGGCCGUCAACGUCACAUAACCAUCAACAGCUCACCUAAAUACUUACUGUCUUCAGUGAGCACCUGUUUAACAUCACUCUCUGAACACUAUUACAAUUCACACCAGUGUCACGUGUUAAGGUUGCUAACAUAUUCCCACUCAUACAUAUGUCACAUCUAUGUUUUAAUAGCAAUGACUCCCUAUCAAACAAAUAAAACUUGAAACAGUCUUAAGGUAACUUCUCCUCUUGUGCUCGUGAUGGGAAUGAAAUUCCUCCUUUUGGCUGUCCACUCUCACAUUCUCAGUUACAUGUGAAUGAUGAAUGUGAAUACAGCCGGAGCAUAUCAUUAUAGAUGCUCUUUAUGGACUUUACCUUUUUAUUCCAGUCACAUAGGCUUCCUCUCCGGUGGAGCAGUUCUUUUGUUUAAUUUUCACGAGUGCAGACAGGAGAGAUGACUUGUGGUCUUUUGUCCAAUGAGAUGACCCAGAUGCCCGCAACUGCACACUCUUCUGCCAUAAAGUCAUUACACAGUCCUUCCAUUCACUCCUCCUUAGACUGGCUUCUCAGACAUAUAUAUGUGAGUCCGGGGACAUUGGGUGGAUUGUACAUCUGUCAAAGACACUUAAAUCACUGAAGUAGUCGACCAUUUAAAAAAAGAAAAAAGAAAAAAUUAACAAUACUUGUUCUAACAAAACCUCAUUUGACGUAAUUAAUAUCACAGAAUGUUGGGCCAGGUGAACGAAUACCAAAAAAAGCCACUCAAUCAGAUUGCUCUGAUGUCAUCAUAGCAUGUUUGCAUAGCACCUGGAAAUUGAUUUGACAUGCUGUGCUGUU